CUAGUAGUGUUUUUAAUUUUUAAGAUUUUAUGAAUUUUUAUCGGUAGGAAACAUUUUCCCUGAAAACGUAAAGCCCUUUGCUGAUAAGUCAGUUUAGUCUUAUUGUAGUUUUAUGGCCUGUCUUCUAAUGACUUGGGGGAAAAUCCUGCAUCGUAGUGGAGCAGCGGUUGCUUUCGUGAGGUGCAACCACGGACAAGUGCGAUUUGCAUCAUCCAAAUGCAAUGCUCCGCGUUUACGGUUUGCUCCAAGUCCUACUGGACUCCUUCACCUAGGCGGCUUACGCACCGCAUUGUACAACUAUCUGAUGUGCAGAAAUACCGGAGGAACAUUCGUCUUGCGCAUAGAAGACACAGAUCGUGCUCGAACUCUGCCUGGAGCCCUAGAAAACAUCAUACAGUCCCUUGAAUGGAUGGGUAUCGCAGCGGACGAGGGCCCUCACUGUGGUGGUCCGUUUGCGCCGUAUAUUCAGUCAGAAAGAGCUCAGCUUUACCGUGAUUAUGCUGAAACAUUAAUAAAAAACGAUGCUGCGUAUCGUUGUUUCUGUUCACCCGUGCGCUUGGAGAUCGUUAGAAAGGAGGCUUUGAAAUCCGGCACGGUUUCAGGGUACGACAACAAGUGUCGCAGUCUUAGCCAUGAGGAGGUCGCAGAGCGAAUGGCACAAGGCGUCCCUUCGGCAGUGCGCUUGAAGAUGGACCAGCGAAGAUACGAGUUUCACGAUGAAAUCCACGGAUUAGUGUCCACUGAGGCUGGUCGUGAAGGCGAUCCGGUAAUCUUGAAGUCGGACGGCUUCCCUACCUACCAUCUGGCGAACGUCGUAGACGAUCACGCGAUGGAGAUAACCCAUGUCCUCCGCGGUAUAGAGUGGCAGAUCUCAACGCCCAAACACUUGCAGUUGUAUUCCGCACUUGGAUGGCAACCGCCGAAAUUUGCUCAUUUACCUUUGCUCCUGAAUCCCGACGGAUCAAAGCUAUCCAAGCGGCAGGGAGCGCUCGAUAUCAUUGAAUAUAAACGACUAGGAUACUAUCCAGAAGCGCUGCUGACCAUGUUAGCCCAGGUUGGCGGCGGCUUCCGGUCUCAGGUGGCGCAGAGUAUGGAUACCGUUACAAAGGACGACCUUAUUCGUGAUUUUGAUCUCUCCAAAAUUACCAAAAGCUCCUGUAAGGUGGCUUUGGAAAAAUUGCCGGUUUUUAAUAAGCAUAUCGUCGCGCAGAUGGUUAGCGAGCCGCCGAAGUUGGAUAUAUUCAUUGCUGAUGUUAAAGACUUGUUACUCAAAAAGUAUGGCUUGACGCCUACGGACGAAACAAUUAAAAGAGUGAUUCAGUGGGCAGGAAGUAGGUUGUCAUCGGUGAAUGAUUUGGCUUCGGAUGACUUGGAGUUCGUAUGGAUCAGAAAGGCUCCAGCGCAGCCUUUCACUGAAGAACAGCUGAGAUUACUGGACAACGUGAAGGUGCUUUUCACAGAUCUACCGAACGGCUCUGCGAGAAUGCCUUUCUCUCAGUUGUUGCAACAUCAUGCAAAAGAAAAUGGGCUUGAUCCGAAGGGUGUUAUGCAUGCUUUGCGAUUAGCGCUUACUGGUUUGGCGAAGGGACCUAGUAUUGUUGAGAUAACCGAUAUUUUAGGAAGCGUCGAAUGUCUUGAUCGCAUCCAAAGGAUCGUUGAGCGACAGUCAAAAUCGGGCGGUUCUCAUUUUCAAAGACAAGAAGCGAAUAAAGUACUGAACAAAUGAUA